UUAAAAAGUGUGAAAACAAUAAAUUUAUGUUACUCGGGUUAUGCGUUGAAAAAAUAUUCUAAACAAAAAAAUAUCAGCAUCUAUAAUAUUUUUUUUGAUCACAAAAACCAAUUUGAAUACCUGAUCAGAUAAAUUCGUCGAAAAUUCAUCGUCAUCAUGAGUCAAAGAAGAUUAAUUUAUGCAGUCAUAACUGUGGCCGCGAGCGAGUUCGUGAUGGGCCUGUGGGCCGGGUGGCCUUCGUGGGCGCUGACGAAGCGACCGGAAGCCGACACGCCGGCCGAGUGGCUGAGCCGGGACGACCACUCGUGGGCCGUGGCGUCGUUCGACCUGGCCAGCCUGGUGAGCGCGUGGCCGGCCAGUGUGCUGGCCGAGCGGGCCGGCCGGAAGGGGUGUCUGCUGGCCGUCGGGACGGGGCUGGCGGCGUCGUUCGGCGUGCUGUACGCGCCCAGCCGGUGGGCCGUGUUCGCGGCCCGUUCGCUGGCCGGCGUCUGCAAGUCCGUGGCCUACGCGUCCGUGCCCGGCUUCAUGGCGGAGAUAUCGGCGGACAGGGCGCGCGGCCGGUUCAACCUGAUCGUGGUGCUGUCCGACUCGCUGGGCAUGGUGGCCGCCCUGUCCGCGGGGCCGCGGGUCGGCUACGCCGUCAUGAACGGGCUGUCGCUGGCCGCCGCCCUGGCGUUCCUGGUGGCCGUGUUCCGCGUGCCCGAGACGGCGCACUAUCUGCUGUCCAAGAGCCGGUUGAAGGAGGCCAGGUCGGCGCUCCGCUGGUACCGGCCGCGGUCGACCACCGCCGACAACAACCGGCGGCUCAACUGCAUUACGGCGGCCGUGCGGGACGACAUGCGCGAACCCGGCACGUACCGCGAGCUGUUCGCCGACGACGGCAACCGGGCCGCCGUGCUGCUGGUGGCCGGCGCGUGUUUCGCCCAGCGCGCCGGCGGCGUCGGCUGCGUGCUGGCCUACUCGACCACCACGAUGCCGGCCGACGGUCCUGUCCGUCCCGGCGACGUGGCCGUCGUGUUCGCCGUCGUCCGGCUGGCGUGCACCGUGGCCGCGGUGCCGCUCAUCGACGUCUACGGCCGCCGGCCGCUGCUGGUCGGCUCGCACCUGGCGCUGGCCGCUGUGACGGCCGCGUACGCGCUCUGUCUGAUGCCGUACAACAACAACCGCGACGACGACGACGGCGGCGGCGACCGCGACCGCCUGCCCGCCGACAACAAUUGGGGCCCGUCCGCGUGCGUCGUCCUGUUCUCGGUGGCCUAUUCGAUGGGCGCGGGCAUCGUGCCCGGCGCCCUGGUCGGCGAGAUGUUCCCGGCCAACGUCAAGUCGCGCGCCGUCACCGUGGUGGCCGUCGUCUCGUCGCUGGGCUCGUUCCUCAUCAACAAGGCGUACCUGCCCGUCGGCGACGCGUUCGGCGCGUACGUCAUGUUCUUCGUGUUCUGCGCCGUCAACGCCGCGUGGACCCUGCUCGCGUACCUGUUCCUGUUCGAGACCAAAGGCAUGUCGCUGUCCGCCAUCCAAGACCACCUGAACGACUACAACUCGUCUUCGUCGUCCGACAGCGAAGACGGCGCCGAUAGACCGCCGGUGGGCUAGGUGUCGUUAGGUUUUUUUUUCCCGGCCUCGGGCGACGCGUCCGCCGUACAAGCUGAUUUAUUUUUCACCACCCCCCCUCGUGGUUAGGUCUCGGUCGUCCCCGUAAAUGUUGUUUUUGAACGUCUCCGGUCACGACGACGGCUCUUACGCGCGGGUCCGUCUGAAACGUGUGUGUCACUCGUUAUUCAAACUGCAGCCAAAAUGUUUCUUUAUUUGUAAAAUCCGGUAUUCGACCCAUACCACACACUGAAUGUAAUCGCAAUCUAUUAUUGUAAUUCAAUGAACUUUGCUCAAAAACGAUUUUAUAGACUGCAAACUAUUGACCGUCCCGCGAAUGAUAUAGUUUAAAUCAAAUAAUAUUAAGUCACGCGAUGAGCUAAUUUAAAAUACAAUGUUCUUUUCAUAACUUAAUAAAUAUAUAUUUUACAGUUAUUCUUUCAAAAAUAAUAUAUACUAUAGAACAAGCGCAUUUUUAUUACACCAAAUAAUUAUUGUCUUUAUUUUUGCUAUAGGUAUAUGUUACAUUGUUACAAAGUACUUACACUUAGAUACGUAGUUGGACGACCAUAAUAUUGUAUUUAUCUUUAAAUCAUAUUUUAUAAUAAACAACUCUUAAAUAACCUUGUUACAUUAAUCUAUCGAAUAACUGCUAAUGC